AAUUGAUGGCUUCAAAUUGAAAUUAUGAUAAUAUAGGUAACAAAAGUAUGCCAAAAAAAAAUAAAAAACUUUUUUCGUCUAGAUCUCUUAAACAUACAAAGAGCACAGAAGAAUGUCUAGACAUUAUUUCCACUUCUUCUUUCUGGACAAACUUAUUAGGAAAAAUUAAAGAAUUAUUAAAUGAAUCUAAUCCAUUAUCAAUCCUAUGUUAUGGGUUAGGAAAUUUCUUGGAAAAUAUACAAUCUAAAUAUCAAUUAAGUUUACUUUUAGCAAUUAAAAAUGAGUUAAAUGUUGAAAAAUGUUAUGUUUAUGAUCCUACAUUUACGGAUAAUGAACGUAUUUAUUUAGCCAAGAUUGGAUGCGAUUUGAUCAGUCAUAAUGAGGAAGGAAAACGGAAAUUGUCACCAGAUACAUUUGUAUACAUGCCACAUUGUCCAAAGCAGUUACUGAAUAAUUUACUAUGGGCAAAUUGGGAUAAAGUUGUACUAACAACUUGUAUAUUUGUUUGUAAUAGCAUUGAUCAAACAGUUACUUCAACACCUAAUAGGAUUUUAAAUAAGGAUGCAUAUUACAUACAAAAAGUAUCUCCAUAUGUCAAUGAACAAAAAUUUCCUAAUGAUUUUAUAUAUGAUGAUAUAUUCAAUGAUAUGUCACUUCAUACUUUUCCCUAUGAAAAAUUGAAUGUAUUAGAAGAUAUUUUUUGGAAACGUGGUGAAGAACCAUCUUAUGACAAUGAUGUAUUAGAAUUUAUAACAAAAUUUGAGUGUAUGUCAUUUCGUUAAUAAAAUUUAAGUUUUAUGUUAUAAA